CAACAUCGUUGAACUAAACGAACAAUAAUCAAAUUAAAACCAGGAUUUUACGAAUUCAUCUUAUUGUUAGAAGAAUCUACGAAUACACAAGAUAAAAAUGGUUAAAUCACCAGCAAUUGGUAUUGACUUGGGUACCACUUAUUCCUGUGUUGGAGUUUGGCAACAAGGAAAAGUGGAAAUCAUCGCCAACGAUCAAGGUAAUCGAACAACACCGAGUUAUGUGGCAUUCACGGAUACGGAACGUCUUAUUGGAGAUGCAGCGAAAAACCAGGUUGCAAUGAAUCCUAGUAACACGGUAUUCGACGCUAAGAGAUUAAUUGGGAGGAAAUACGAUGAUCCAAAGAUACAAGAUGAUUUGAAACAUUGGCCGUUCAAGGUUGUUAGUGAUGGAGGUAAACCGAAAAUUCAAGUUGAUUUUAAAGGUGAACUGAAAAAGUUUGCUCCUGAAGAAAUCAGUUCGAUGAUAUUGAUUAAAAUGAAAGAAACGGCUGAGGCGUUUUUGGGAUGUCCGAUUAAAGAUGCUGUUAUCACCGUCCCAGCUUAUUUUAAUGAUUCUCAACGGCAAGCUACGAAAGAUGCUGGAGCAAUAGCUGGAUUAAACGUAUUAAGAAUUAUAAAUGAGCCAACAGCUGCUGCUUUGGCUUACGGCUUGGAUAAGAAUCUUAAAGGUGAAAGAAACGUUUUAAUUUUUGAUCUUGGUGGAGGAACCUUUGAUGUUUCGAUUUUGACUAUUGAUGAAGGAUCUUUGUUUGAAGUAAGAGCAACAGCUGGCGAUACUCAUCUUGGUGGAGAAGAUUUCGAUAAUAGAUUGGUUACCCAUUUAGCGGAAGAAUUUAAGCGAAAAUACAAAAAAGAUCUUAGAAGUAAUCCCCGAGCGCUUCGUCGAUUAAGAACUGCAGCUGAAAGAGCGAAACGAACUUUAUCUUCAAGCACGGAAGCUUCAAUUGAGAUUGAUGCUCUUUAUGAAGGUGUCGAUUUUUAUACUAAAGUAUCUAGAGCUAGAUUUGAAGAAUUAUGUUCUGAUUUGUUCAGAGGGACUUUAGAACCAGUUGAAAAAGCUUUACAAGAUGCGAAAAUGGAUAAAGGAGCUAUUCAUGAUAUUGUCUUGGUGGGUGGAUCAACGCGUAUUCCAAAAAUUCAAUCUUUAUUACAAAAUUAUUUUUGUGGAAAAGCGUUAAAUCUCUCAAUAAAUCCAGAUGAAGCAGUUGCUUAUGGUGCUGCAGUACAAGCUGCCGUUCUCAGUGGUGAAACGGAUAGUAAAAUUCAAGAUGUUCUUCUCGUUGACGUCGCCCCGUUGUCUUUGGGUAUUGAAACCGCAGGUGGAGUGAUGACCAAAAUUAUCGAACGCAACAGCAGAAUUCCUUGUAAACAAACCCAAUCGUUUACAACAUACGUCGAUAAUCAACCAGCUGUUACUAUUCAAGUAUACGAAGGAGAACGCGCUUUGACUAAAGACAACAAUACUUUAGGCACAUUUGACUUAACAGGAAUUCGAUUAGCGCCAAGAGGCGUUCCAAAAAUCGAAGUCACUUUCGACUUGGACGCCAACGGAAUACUUAACGUUUCCGCAAAAGAUACAAGUUCUGGAAACACCAAAAACAUCACAAUUAAAAACGAUAAAGGUAGACUUUCCCAACAAGACAUCGACCGAAUGUUGGCUGAUGCUGAGAAGUAUAAAGAAGAAGAUGAGAAACAGAAACUAAGAAUUUCUGCGCGUAAUCAACUUGAAGGAUAUAUCUUUAGUUUAAAACAAGCGGUGAAUGAAGCUGGUGAUAAACUUGAUGAGAAUGACAAAAGUACUGUUAGAAGGGAAUGUGAUGAUAGUUUGAAAUGGUUGGAAGGAAAUAUGUUGGCAGAAAAAGAGGAGUAUGAAGAUAAACAGAAGCAAUUGGCGGGUAUUUGUAGUCCCAUUAUGAUGAAGUUACAUGGUGGGAAUCAAAAUGCAGGAGGAUUUGGACAGUCUGGUUAUGAACGACAACAAAGUGCUGGGCCAACAAUUGAAGAAGUUGAUUAGAUUAGAUGUUUUUAAAUUCAUCUUUACCAAAGUAAAUUAAUAGAUAUUGCACUUAUUAGACAGUAUUAUUACUAAUGUAGUUAAAAUAUUGUAGCGAAUAGUAUUCAGCACCAAAUAUAUUACAUUUAAGUUUUACAUUGUUAAAUAACUAUUAUACAUUCCAAAUAAACUACUUUAAACAUUA